AGCAGCCCGCAGCCACUGACACAAGGCAGAAAGCACCAGAGGCAUCUUUCCUUUGUGGACCCCAGGAUGUCUGAGCUGGAGAAGGCCAUGGUGGCCCUCAUCGAUGUCUUCCAUCAGUACUCCGGAAGGGAGGGUGACAAGCACAAGCUGAAGAAAUCCGAACUCAAGGAGCUCAUCAACGGUGAGCUCCCCCACUUUUUAGAGGAAGUCAAGGAGCAGGAGGUCGUGGACAAAGUCAUGGAAACUCUGGACAGUGAUGGAGACGGCGAAUGUGACUUCCAGGAAUUUAUGGCCUUCGUUGCCAUGGUUACCACCGCCUGCCACGAGUUCUUUGAGCACGAGUGAGCCGGCAGAGCAGUUGCUGUGACAGGGACGAGGGUCACGCAGGAAGCAGAGAGCGGGGCUCGCAGCUAGUAGGAACGGAGCUUUCCCGCUGCGCUGUAGCUAAUUAGGAAGCUUGACUUGCUUUGUCAACGAGCAGUUGACAACCUCUUCCCAGGGCUGACUCUGGCCCCAUCGUUCUUUCUGCUC